AUGACAUCAUCAUACAGAAAGCCAUAAAAAGCACUAUAAAUAAGUAAGAAUUAUUUUAGAUGCCAAACUUGGUUUACUAAUUGUUGAUAUGGAUGAUUGUAUAUAUAAUCCAACAAUUCGAGGAUGUUUGAAAAGAUCAUCCAAUUUAGAUUGUUUUUAAUCUCUAAACACCAACAUAUAUGAUAGUCAUCAAAAAUAGUAUGCUUGGAAUCCUAAAUGUACUGUAAUAGAUAAUUUCAUAUCAAGAAGGAUGCAAGUUACAAUAGUGCUCUCAAUAUAAAAUAAUAAGCAAUUGCAAAUUAACCUUAACAGUAGAUCAUUUUUAUAUUAAACUUGUUCUUCUUUUCAAGAGUAAUAAUGCGCAAUUAUAGUUUUUCAACAACCUUGUUAAUCGGAUUAUACAAAUAAAUCAUGUAAAUCUGUUAAAUGUAAUGAUAAUACUACUGGUACUACUGAUAGUGAAUAUUUAAAAUGGAGAAGAAAUUAUGAAUGUUAAUUAAAAAUAAAUUGAAAUGGAAGUUUUGAGCCUGGUGGUGAAAUAUACCAGAAGAUUGCAAAUAAAUUAUAAUAAUUAUUCCUAUUUUUUUCUACAGAUUCAAUAAUCUGUAAUCUUUUAAUUUGAAAGGAUAAUCCUGCUUUUAUAUUGAGGAGAAGAAAAAAUUUAAAUUGCUAACAGCUGAUAAUUAAUGUGAAUUGGAGACUUUUACAAAAAGUAAUGAAUAAUGCUAAUAUUAUUAUAAAAAUAGCAUAUUAUAAUAAGAAGGUUCAAAUUGUAUUUCAUUUACUAAAUGUUCUAAAUUAAAUUAAAAUACUUGUGGGAAAGCUUAAACGUCAUUGAAUUAAAAGUGUGCAUAUUAUUCUAAAAAUUGUAGAUCCAAGAAUGUUUGCUCAGAUAUAGAAAACUAUUAGAAUGUUAGAAAUUUUCAGCAAAUUAUCAUUAUUCUUUAGGCUAUUGUAUAGAAAUUCAGAUUGUGA